AUGUUUUUUGACCUCCCUCGGAUUGCGGUCAUCGGUGGACAAUCAGCCGGCAAAAGCUCAUUAGUUGAAGCCGUAAGCGGGAUCAACGUCCCGCGCGAUAGCGGAACGUGCACGAGGUGUCCGAUGGAGUGCACCCUAUCCAGCAGUGCCGAUUCCUGGUCCUGCUCUAUUUCGCUUCGCACAGAGUUUGACGCUCGAGGAACCAAGCUCGAUGCGUCCGCCACAGAAGAUUUCGGUCCUGUAAUAAAUGACAAGUCCUCUGUAGAACUGUGGCUUCGUCGAGCCCAAGCUGCCAUCCUCAGCCCUCACCGCGCCCGCGCUGAAUUUCUGAAUAAAUCUCAUGCCGAGCUGAAGGCGUUAGCGAUUGAGGAUGAGGGUCUUAUACUCUCCUUCUCCAAGAACAUCGUACAUCUUGACGUUAAGGAUCCAGAAGUGACGGAUCUUUCUUUCGUCGACCUUCCUGGGUUGAUACAAAACUCGGAUCGAGAGAUUAUCCAGCUCGUGCGCGAUCUGGCUUUACACCAUAUCAGAGCCUCAAAUACCUUGAUUCUUGUAACGCUUCCAAUGAGCGACGAUAUUGAGAAUCAAGAGGCGGCGCUACUAGCGAAUGAAGCUGAUCCAACUGGAGAGAGAAGCAUUGGCGUCUUAACGAAGCCUGACACCUUGACGCGCGGUGCCACUGGCCUCCGCCAGAAAUGGCGCGAUAUCUUACUUGGUAACUCGGCAAAACACAAACUCAAGCGAGGUUACUAUUGCGUUCGCCUUCCGGACGACGACGAACGCGCACGGAAGGUUGGUAGAGCCGAAUCGCAACGGAUUGCAAGCGACUUCUUCGCUUCCAACGCGCCGUGGAAUGAGAUGCCCGAUGAGGCGUCGAGAAGGUUUGGCAUCCCGGGAUUCGUAGCUGACAUUAGCGCGGUACUCAUGGAGCUUAUCGAGCAAAAUUUGCCGAAGUUGAAAGAAAGCGUGGAUGCCCUCCUCAAGCAGUGUAUCGAAGAUAUCAAAGCCCUCCCGGUUCUGUCCACCCUCGACCCCUCCACGGAGAUGAUGCUGCGUGUUUCGAGGUUUUGUAACGCUUUCGCUGAUGCUGUAUAUGGUGAGAAGGACAAACACUAUGUCCAGAACAAUCGGGGGCGGUAUGGACAGUUCAAGAAUGACAUUAUGUUGACGACCCCCGACUUCCGACCCUUCGAGGCAUCGCAAGCCACGUAUCACAGGAACGUAAGCCUUGUUAGCAGUGGGACGCCUCCGAUCGACAUUAGCGAUGUCGCGGAGGUUAUUCGACAUUCCAUAAGCUGGGAACUCCCCAAUCACGUCCCGUUUGAUGCGACCCGGUCGCUCAUUCUUAAACACACCACUCUGUGGGACGCACCUGCGCGAUCCUGCUUCGAAGAUGUGGCAAGGAACUGCACGUCGUUUUUGGAGGGAUUGCUAAAGGUCCAUUUUGGGCAGUAUGUUCAUUUGGAGGCAUUCAUUCGGACGUUGACUCGGCAAGAACACGAACGGUGCCGGGACGAAGCGCUGAAUGCCCUGGAGAAGAUUCUAAGCCUUGAGCGCGUGCCGCUCUACACCCAGAACGUAGAGUGCUUACAAGCGGAGACAACCAAGUGGCUAGCGAAGUACGUUAAUAUGAGAUGGCCAGAUGAGCUGCCAAGAACUACCUUUGCGGAUGAACUCAAGGUCAUGGCGAAAGUCCAAGCGUACUUCCAAGUCGCUUAUAAGCGGUUCAUCGACAACGUACCACUGACCAUUGAGCAUGAGAUGAAUCAGACGCUAGCGUUGACGCUGGAAAGGAUAUUGUUCGAAGCUGUUGUAAAAGGAGGGGAUUCAGAACAGUUGAAAGACUGGGUUAGGGAGGACAAGGUGGUAGCGGAGAAGAGGAAGUUUUUGGAGGGACGAAGGGCGCGGCUGGUGCUGAUUAAAGAGAAGGUUGACGCCUUCCAACCUCUAGUUUUGUAA